AAAUUAUUGUUGGCAGCGCACCUCCAGACCCAGGACAGCAAUCCCACGAAAGCGCCCAGAAAUCCCGUUUAUCUUCAGUAUUUUUCCGUCAAGAUGCAUAUUCUCGUCGUCAACGACGAUGGCCCUCCCUCGAAUCAGUCUUCCCCAUACGUUCACUCUCUCGUGAAGUCUCUACAAGAAGCAGGCCAUGUUGUAUCGGUAUGCCUUCCUCACACACAGAGGUCGUGGAUUGGAAAAGCGCAUAUGAUCGGCCAGACCGUCAAACCCACAUAUUUUCGACCCGGCACAUUAUACAAAGAUGAUGGCACUACCCACUCUCGACCGCUCUCAGCAGGCUCAGAAGAACAAGAGGAAUGGGUACUGGUAGAUGGAACACCGGCGAGCUGCGUACAAAUCGGGCUCUACCAUUACUUCCAACACCGCGGACCUGUCGACCUUGUAGUCAGCGGGCCGAAUUAUGGCAGAAAUUCUACAGCGGUCUUCAGCUUGAGCAGUGGGACGUUAGGCGGCGCUCUCGAGGCUGCGAUUUGCAAACGAAAAGCUAUAGCGCUUAGCUACGCAUUCUUCUCUCGAAAUCAUGACCCAGAAAUCAUAGCUGGCGCUUCGAAAUUGUCAGUCCGGCUCAUCGACUACCUCUACAAGAACUGGGACGACGCAGUAGAUUUAUAUUCGGUGAAUGUGCCGCUGGUAGAGGAUGUCAAUAACCGGAAGGUUAUGUGGACCAAUAUGCUACAGAACUACUGGGGGCCUGGAAGCUGCUUUCAGGAGGUCGAGGCGGAGGAGGGGAGCUCAGAGGAGGAAGAGGAGAGAAUCAGGGAGAGAGAGGGAGCGCCGCCAGCGGAUGGUACUAAUAGCCUAGCUGUUCCAAGGCAUACGCAUAAGCAUUUCAAGUGGUCACCACGUUUUGCAGACGUCUAUAAGUCUGUUGAAGAUGCGGGCCCUGGAAAUGAUGGAUGGGCGGUCAAAGAGGGAUAUACAAGUGUCACACCACUGAAAGCAAAUUUUAUGCAUGCUGCAGCGGCGACGGAGGGGGAGCUGAAGUUGCCUUCAGAUAAUAUCCCAAACAUGGAAGUGCUGUCUAUCUCUCAGAAGCCACGAAUUUACGCACUCAUAGAUUAUGAGGAUGCUUAUGUUCAACCCCUGAUAUUGGCAGCUCUGAAGUCACGUCUGCCAGAAGAUUCAUACAUCCUCAUCUCAUCCAUAUCUGAGCUGCCGGAGCCCACAGCCCCUUUCCUCCAGAUAGGAGCUUACGAAUCCCUCCCAUUUGAGCACAUCAUGUCGCAUUCCACCACGUCUCUCACAAAUGCAUACAUAAUCCGCAAGGCUCUGAUCCGGAAGCAUUACCUUACCACUACGGCCCACAACUGGGUAACCAAAAACCCCUCCUCGAUCCUUUCGACAAACAUCAAGCCUUCCUGUCAUUUCGAGGUCGAUUACGCCGAGUUCAUCGACGAUGCCCUCGUCGAAGCCUGGGAAUUGCAGGCUAGCUUCCAGAAGAAUGAGGGUAAGGAACCCGAUGAAAGGGAAUGGUGGAUCUUGAAGCCCGGGAUGAGUGAUCGAGGACAGGGAAUCCGGCUCUUCAGCACGGAGGAGGAGCUCCAGACUAUUUUUGAGGAAUGGGAAGCCGAGACGCCUGAUUCCGACGACGAGGAAGAAGAAGACAUCGGAUCGAACCUCGAUGCUGCCGUCGAGAGAAAAGCAGAGGAGGAUAACAAAGGAGGAGACUACAUCGUCACGUCCCACCUCCGCCACUUCAUCGCACAGCCAUACAUCCACCCACCGCUCCUCCUCCCCUCCAACCCGCGCAAAUUCCACAUCAGAACCUACGUCCUCGCGUCCGGCAGUCUCGAAGUGCACGUCUACAAGCCCAUGCUCGCGCUAUUCGCCUCGACUCCCUACGCCGCGCCCUGGUCCUCUGCCUCAUCGCCCAACACCCGCGAUCUCUCUGCGCACCUGACCAACACGUGUCUCCAAACGGGAUCACACGACGGCGCCGUGCACGCCUUCUGGGCGCUGCCACUCCCAGAGGAGCAGAAAACCGCCAUCUUCCAGCAGAUCUGCGACGUGACGGGCGAGAUCUUCGAGGCGGCUGCGAAGGGCAUGAUGGUGCAUUUCCAAACGCUGCCGAACGCGUUCGAGGUCUUCGGUCUGGAUUUCUUGGUCGAUGACUUGGGCACGGCGUGGUUGUUGGAGGUCAAUGCGUUUCCGGAUUUUAGGCAGACCGGCGACGACCUGAGGGGCUUGGUGGCGGGCUUGUGGGAGGGCGUGGUGGACACGGUGGUUGCAAGGUUCUUUGGCGUUGGUGUUGAGAGAGAUCAGGGGAGUCAGGAGCAGAACAUGGUUUUGGUAAGGAAGUUGGAUUUGGGAAGGAGGUAGAAUAGAGAGAAUCAGGGAUAGAUGGUUUGAAAGACAUAGAAAGCAGUAUAGACACUAUUUGGUCGAUCACUCUGUUUACAGUAGACAAAAGCAAUCAAAACAUACCUCU